CCUUUGCUAUGUGUUUUGGUAGGGGGGUGCUUCACUUUCAACAUCAAAUGUAUCCAUUGCAUCAUGGGUUAACUUUGUUUACCUGAAAGUUCUUAUGAAAUCUGUCGCACAGUGACCGACAACGGCAUCACACCAGUCUCCGCCCCUCCUGAGAGAAACUAGGCUCUGUGAUGGCUGAACAGCGCCAUUUUCUUUUCAGCCUGAUUUUGAGCAAGCUGCAGAGAUUCAUUGAAAGCAAUUUUUUUUUAAUUUAUAUAAUUUGAUUGGUAUGUUAUGUAAGUUAAUCGCUGAGAGUUUGUCUCUGUGUUCAUGCCGCAGCAGUGGGCAGCGUUUAGCACCACGUUCUGAAGGCUUUUUAGCGUGGGAUAUCAAGCGGGCACACACAGUCUCUUUUGCGGUACUCAUUGUUGCCACCAGUGGUGUGUGUGGUUGCUUUUAGCCCCGAUUGUUACCACUGCGGUUGCCAGCCUGAGUGCUGCUCUGCCCCCGGCUUGUACCGCACCGGCCUGUGCACAGCACUGAGCCGCGGCCGCACCAGCACCGUCCGAUACCACACCCUGUUGGUCUGCCUGUCAUUGCAGCUGUACCAUCAGCCUGCACUGAUAGCUGUAGGUAACCCUAACCCAAACCUUACUAAAAAAAAAAAAAGUAACCAAGGUUAAACAGUACCAUCCCUAGUCCAGUACCAGUGGACCCGCUAUUUUUAGAAGUACUUUUGCCUGUAACAUACUGUACAGCGCGUUGCUGCUUGUAUUGUUGAAACAACUGAGUUUUUGUUAAGUACUGUAUACUGCACCAGCCCUGUUCCAGUAAGUACUGGUAUAUAGGAGUUGCAGCUCCCGCCCUGUUACACAGCGGCAUUGCUGCUUGAGCAGACGCGUCCAGCCUCGGCUGGGGCGUAGGGGAGGUGUAACCCCCAUUGUGCACUAAUGUACCUACAAUGCCGCAGGCACCGAACCAGUACCAACAGCUUUGCUUUCUUACUGUACACUGCUUGCUAUUUGCAUAAUGCCUGGGGUCAUCUCUAACAUAUGCAAGGUCAGUAGGCCUGUCUGGUACCAAGCAGACCUUGUUGACAGCCCAGUUGCUGUCUUUAUCAAACUGUUUUCUGCAAGGUUUUGGGCGCAUUCUUCCAAGGCGCUCUUUGUCUCUAGGAGCUGGUGUUCCCACAUGAGGCUGUGGAGUCGGAUGUCGCAUCCCCUGUGGUUGAAUUUCUCCUGCAGCUCUACAGAGCGCGCUGUGUCCCUCACCUGUACAGUGCUCUUCCCCGUCACCCUCUCUACACUAUGGCUCUGUGCCAAGGGAGAGCCACGCACCAGGGAAUAGAGAAGCUUUGGGCAGCAGUUUCUCCACAGACACGCUUGCCUGAUGGGGACAAAGUUUUGCACUUUUACGUCUGGUUCCGGCCUGUUACUGACUGGUGUUUACAUCCCAGUCUGGUACCAAGCCUUGUUGACAGUCCUGUCAAUGUCUUUAGCAGCUGAGGCAGCAACUGUACAUUCUUACGGUACAUUGCUUGCUAUUGCAUAAGGCCUGGGUUUUUAUCCCUGUGCCGGCAGCCUCAGGGACCAGCACAGCCAGCUUCGCCUGCAGCCUGCCCAUCUGUGCCUUGGCAUUGUGUUGGGCAGUGUCCCCAAAAGGGAGGAUCCACAUAAUGAUUUGGAACUGCAGGCAGUUUAACUAGCCUUUUUUUUUUUUUUUACAGGAGGUUCAAGGGAGACACGUGCUUGUCCGGACAGACAACACUACCAUUGGCAUUGUCCCCACUAAUUCUCCAUAACAGGAGCCGGGGAUCCACUGGCGAUUGGCUGUCUUGACACACCAGUGGCCAAGGCAGCUGUUGUAUGCCUUCCCACCGCUCGCCAUGCUCCUGCUGUGUCUGGAGAAAAGGACUGGGCCGGGGUGCUAUUUGUAGCUCCUUACUGGCCCAGGAGACUUGCCGGCCUUCCCCUCUGCCAAGCAUGUGAGCGAAGAGCAAGCCUUUUCUGUGGCGAAAACUUGUCUGUUUUUCGCGGAGUCUAGGACCAUGGUCACGGUCCACACAGACCUGGUUUACUUGCCCAAAUGUAUUUCUACCUUUCCACGUCAACCAACCAAACUGGAAGCUUUCCAUCCCCCUCCCUUCCAGUCGGAUAGGGAGCGGAAGCUCCAGGCACUUUGCCCUGUUCGGACAUUAGCAUAUUAUACUGACAGAACAAAAAGUUGGAGGCAAUCUGAACAGCUGUUCAUCUGCUAAGGAGGGAAGGCCCACGGUAAAGCCCUGUCUAAGCAGAGGCUGUCUGGUUGGAUUGCAGAGACGGUCAAGAUUGCUUCUUAACAAGCCAAUUUGCCCCUCCUGUGAAGGUCACUGGUCACUCCACAGAAGGUAUGUCUACCUCUUGGGCAUUGUUCCAGGGUGCAUCUGUCACGCCCCAUACUUCACAAGGUGUUACAGACUGAAUGUGCUGGGUCCUCAAAACCCUGGCUUUGGGACCAGAGUGCUAACGUCGUCUUCUAUGUUGAGACGGGAAGCACCUGCAGAGAAUUGAUUUGUGAUAUGUACUAAAAAUAAUAAAUAAAUAAUCUGUAUUGUGGCAGCCUUAACGUCUGACCUCAGAUUUAAGUCGUUCUGCAAGUAAUGCACUUUGCGAUGGCUUGGGUAUAAUUACCCCUUAUGUAUUGGAUACAUUUCAUAUUUGAAAGGGAAUGUUAGGUUAUUAUCAUAACCCUGGUUCCCUGAAAUAGAAAUGUAUCCAUUACAAUCUUCUGUCGCUGCGUACGUUACACACAGCAGGCUGAAGAAGAAAAAAAUGGACAGAGCCUACUCUCUCUCAAGAGGGGCGGAGACUGGUGUGAUGACGUUGCCUGUCAAAGUUAACCCAUUAUGUAAUGGAUACAUUUCUAUUUCAGAGAACUAGGGUUAUGGUAAUAACCUAAUGUUUUUUUUAUGUGUGUGUAUAUAUAUAUAACAUUAGAUAUCCAUUAUCACUUGUUAUUGAGAGUAUGAUAAAGUGGGUAUGCAAGGAGAGGCCUGUCCUGAUUAUUAUUAUUUUAUUUCUUAGCAGACACCCUUAUCCAGGGCGACUUACAAUUGUUACAAGAUAUCGCAUUAUUUUUACAUACAAUUACAUUAUUUUUUACACAUUAUUUUUACAUACAAUUACCCAUUUAUACAGUUGGGGUUUUACUGGAGCAAUCUAGGUAAAGUACCUUGCUCAAGGGUACAGCAGCAGUGUCCCCCACCGGGGAUUGAACCCACAACCCUCUGGUCAAGAUUCCAGGGCCUUAACCACUACUCCAUACUGCUGCCCAUGCCUUCCAGCACAAAAAGAUGUGUCAGAUUCAUGAAUACUGUUUAUUUUUUUAAGACAAGCUUUUUUACUGCAGGUGGUAAAUUGUUUUGAAUUACAUACACAUGUCCCAAGACAUGCAUCAUAGGAUGCAUGACUGAAGGACAAGGAUAAGGGUUGUUAUGGAUGACCUCUGACCUCACUAUUCCCCCGUUUCCACUGCCUGUCACUCCCGGCUAUGGCUGCCCAUGGCAACAAAACAAUGUUUCCCCGGCUCGCCCAGGAGGCUGAACGGCUAUCGUGGCAGGUUUUGUAUAUCAUGCGUGAUGGCGCCAAUCUGUUUACAAAGUCUCCUGAUUACCUGCCACAUUGCUAAGAUCCCUUUCCCAGAAGCAUGGCAGAAAGAGAUGGUGCGAUAUUUGCGUUCCGUGCAGCUUCCAGACGGGGGCUGGGGUCUGCAUAUUGAAGAUAAGUCCACAGUGUUCGGAACAGCCUUGAGCUAUACCACCAUGAGGAUCCUGGGAGUCGGGCCUGAUGAUCCUGACCUGCUGCGAGCCAGAAACAACCUUCACAGCAAAGGGGGAGCUGUUGGAAUUCCUUCUUGGGGAAAAUUUUGGUUGGCCAUCCUGAAUGUGUACAGCUGGGAAGGGAUGAAUACGCUUCUCCCAGAAAUGUGGCUUUUCCCUUCCUGGAUGCCAGCACACCCCUCCACUCUGUGGUGUCACUGCCGCCAGGUCUACCUCCCGAUGAGUUACUGCUACGCUGUGCGCCUGACUGCAGACGAAGACGAGCUGAUCCGAAGCCUCAGACAGGAGCUGUAUGUUCAGGAUUAUUCCACCAUUGACUGGCCAGCUCAAAGGAACAAUGUGGCUGCAUGUGACAUUUAUACCCCUCAUAGCAAAUUACUCACAACAGCGUACGUCAUUCUCAAUUUGUACGAGUCGUACCACAGCAGCGCUCUGAGGAAGUGGGCCAUUGAGGAGCUGUAUGAUCACAUCAAGGCCGAUGACAGAUUCACCAAUUGCAUCAGCAUUGGACCGAUCUCCAAAACCAUCAACAUGUUGGUGCGCUGGUAUGCAGAUGGACCCACUUCCUCUGUUUUUAAGGAGCAUGUGUCCAGAAUCCCUGACUAUCUCUGGCUCGGCCUUGAUGGAAUGAAGAUGCAGGGCACUAAUGGAUCUCAGCUGUGGGAUACUGCAUUUGCUGUCCAAGCAUUUCUUGAGGCAGGGGCGCAGGACCGAUGCACAUUUACACAAUGCCUUAAACAGGCCCACGAAUUCUUGAGAAUCACACAGAUACCAGAAAACCCACCAAACUUUGAAAAGUACUACCGCCAAAUGAACAAGGGAGGGUUUCCCUUCAGCACUCUCCACUGUGGUUGGAUUGUUGCUGACUGUACAGCUGAAGGCUUGAAGACAGUGAUGCUGCUUCAGGAGAAGUGCACCUUUAUCAAGGACCGCAUUCCCAAGCAGUGCCUCUUCGAUGCGGUCAAUGUGCUGCUCAGCAUGCGGAAUCCUGAUGGUGGAUUUGCCACCUAUGAGACAAAGCGUGGAGGCAGACUGCUGGAGCUCCUCAAUCCCUCUGAAGUGUUUGGUGAUAUCAUGAUUGAUUACACGUAUGUUGAAUGCACCUCUGCAGUGAUGCAGGCGCUGAAGCACUUUCAUGAGGAAUUUCCUGACCACAGGACUGAGGAAGUCAGGAGUACAUUGCAGAAGGGUUUGGAUUACUGCAGGAAGGUGCAGAGGACUGACGGAUCAUGGGAAGGGAGCUGGGGAGUGUGCUUUACAUACGGAGCCUGGUUUGGGUUGGAAGCCUUUGCCUGCAUGGGCCACAUCUAUCAGAAUGGCUCUGCAUGCUGGGAGGUGCAGCAGGCGUGCCAGUUCCUGCUGUCUCGACAGAUGCAGGACGGAGGCUGGGGGGAAGACUUUGAAUCCUGCGAGCAGCGCAGAUAUGUCCAGAGUGAGAAGUCGCAGAUACACAACACCUGCUGGGCUCUGCUGGGGCUCAUGGCUGUCAGGUACCCUGACGUUGGUGUGAUCGAGCGAGGGAUACAGGUGCUUGUUAACAGACAGCAGUCUAAUGGAGACUGGCCACAGGAAAACAUUGCUGGUGUUUUUAACAAAAGUUGUGCUAUCAGCUACACUUCGUACCGCAAUGUGUUUCCAAUAUGGACGCUAGGACGGUUUGGACGCUGGUACCCCACUAGCCCAUUGGCAGGAAAACUGAAAAUGUGAACAAAUGGACUCUUCGUGAAAGACUGACAGUGCUUGACUAUAUUGUUCUUCUGAAAAUACAAUAUCUUCCAAGCUCCUUACAAAAUCUUUCUUUGGUUUUUUUUUUUUUUUUUUUUUUUUUAAUUUAGUCGUCGCCAAUUAUUUUUACCCCGGUUUUCACCCCAAUUUAGCAUGCCCAAUUAUUAUCUGUAUCCCCGGCUCACCGCUCGCAACCCCCCCCGCCGACUUCGGGAAACGGAGGCUGGAAUACGCGUCCUCCGAAACGUGCUCCUUCCAAGCCGUCAUUUUUCGCACUGCAGAUCCACAGCAACGCCACCAGACCUAUAGUGCCGGAGGACAACACAGAUCUGGCGGCUCCGCUGCAGAGCCACAGGUGCCCUAUCGGCCACAGGGGUCGCUGAUGAUUCCCCUGCCGACCUAAGCCCUCCCUACCCGGGCAGCGCUCAGCCAAUUGUGCGCCGCCCCCUAGGAACUCUCGGUCACGGUCAGCUGUGACAUAGCCUGGAUUCGAACCUGCGAUCUCCAGGCUAUAGGGCACAUCCUGCGAGGAGCGCCUUUACUGGAUGCGCCACUCGGGAACCCCUUUCUUUGGUUAAAUUAAUUUGAAUAACAAGUAAUAAAUAUUUACAAAAUAUAGUGAAUUGUAUUUUUGUGAUCAUUGUUUGCAAUGCUUUGUAAAAUAAGGGACUGUGUAAAGGAAAGACACGCUUUGUAUGAUAUUAUAAUAAUUUAAUAAACUGACUGGCACCGCACUGAUUGAU